AUUAAGUCAGACACACGAUAGAGCAGUAGAAGGGCCUCCCCGAGGGCUAGCCGGUUACACAAGGAAAGCUCAGGAGGAGACAGCGAGAAUAUGUGCAUGCAAAUCAGCACGAGUCCCUCUUUUAGCGAGACGGUUCUUCUUCUCUUUUAUGCCAAACUGAAUCAAAAGUCCCGUAUGGUUGUGUUGUAGGGUUCACUAACAGCACUUCUUUCUUUCUAUCCCUAUCUCAUGUCAUUCACCCUACACUCCCUUCAUGGGCAAAUAUCUCCAUGACGACCCCAUCCUCUGUCUCUCCAUCUCCAGUCUCUUUCUCUCUCUAUCUCUCUUUCUAGUGUGCGUCAUGAAGAUGAAAAGUGCCUAAUCCCCUUGUGGAACUCUAACAGACACACAUACAGAAUCCCUGCUUUUUGGAAGACGUCACACACAAGCGCGUCACUCUCUCCGAGUGAGCGUGGCUUUACAGCGGGAAGCGGCGGAUGGAGAGGGAAGAAGAGAGAGAGAGGGAGGGUGGCGAUAAACGCUUAUUGUUCUCGAGGAUCCUGAACUGGAGGUGUGGCAUCUGCCGGGCGUUGUCGUGGAGACAGAGUGCUGGCUGUUCCCUCUUCCUCUUAGCUGAUCGCUCAGACGCUGAUCACAGGAACGCUGAUCCUUAUGGCAUCUAGAACAGCAGCCACAGGUGGCCAUGCUGUUCUCUUCAUUCUCUUGUGCUCUGGGGCUCUCCCUCCUGUCACUCCUCCUGCUUCAGUGCCCCGCCCAUGCCUGCCCUGCCCGCUGUGAGUGCUCUGUGCCCACACGUUCUGUGUCAUGCCAUCGCAGGCGGUUAGUGCAGGUGCCUGAGGGAAUCCCUAUAGAGACAAGGGCAUUGGACCUCAGUAAAAACCGGCUGCGCACUGUGACACCACAGAACUUUUCCUCGCUGCUGUUGCUGGAGGAGCUGGACCUCAGCAACAACCUGUUGUCAUCUGUGGAACCUGGCAGCUUCCGAGCUCAGCCGCGGCUGCGCUCGCUCCGACUGCGAAGCAAUCAACUGACUUUGUUGCAACGCGGAGCGCUGGCUGGCCUCAGCGAGCUAACCCUGCUGGAUGUCAGUCAAAACCGUCUUGUUAUUCUGCUGGACUACGGUUUUGAGGAGCAGCGGAGGCUCAGGGUACUAGAGCUGAGUGAUAAUGAGCUAGUGUUCAUCGCCCCACGGGCCUUCAGUGGCCUGGCAUCCCUGCGCUCUCUAACGCUGCAGCGAUGCAACCUGAGCACAGUACCCACACAUGCUCUCGCACAUCUGCACGGUCUAACCAGCCUGCGAUUGCGGGACUUGGGCAUUGCAGAGCUUCAGGCACACGCAUUUAAGGGUCUACCACGAUUGAAACACCUUGAAGUGGACCGCUGGCCUUUGUUAGAAGGGUUUCCGACCUCCACUUUGCAGGGGCUGAAUCUCAGCACACUCUCCAUUACCCACACCAAUUUGACGUCCGUGCCAGUGGUGACACAUCUGUUGUAUCUAACGCAUCUCAACCUGUCUUACAGCCGCAUACGUGUCCUGCCAGCAGGAUGGUUGAGGGGAAUGGACCGGCUGGAAGUUGUACGUGUGCGACAGUCUAACCUGCUCAGUGUGGAAACUCAAGCCUUUCAAGGAGCCUCCUCGCUGCGCAUUCUUGACCUUUGUUACAACCGUCUCUCCACGCUCGAGAGGAGUGUUUUUCCUGCUUCUGAGGCCCUGCAGAGUCUUCUGAUUGGCCAGAACCCAUUAGUGUGCGACUGUCGUCUUCGCUGGCUACUGGAGAGGACUCCACUUUUGCUGUAUGGUGAUGUUCAACCUGAAUGUAGUGCCCCUGCUCCCUUGGCUGGGAAGCCUCUUAGGAACCUGGUGGAACCUCAGAUCUCUCGCUACGUUAUCUGCACCAAGCCCAGGGUUGUCUCAAUGGCAAUUUACCCAGCACAGGCAGAAGAAGGACAGAGAGCUUGGUUAUACUGCAGUGCGGACGGGGCUCCACCACCUUCUGUCUCAUGGCUGACACCGCAUAGGCGGCACAUUACCACAAAAAGUACGGGACGAAUGGUUGUCCAUACCAAUGGCUCGUUGGAGUUCCGCAUGGCAGAGCCUCAGGAUAGCGGCAUGUACGUAUGUGUGGCAUCGAACCCAGCAGGGAAUGCCACUUUGUCCAUCACUGUUGCUGUUAAAAGCUCGGGAAUCAGGGAUAGAGCCCUUUACGCCAACCGCAGCUUUCUGUUUGACUCCGACUACAACAGUUCCCUGAUUAAUGGCACAGAAGAGUACACCAUCAGGGUGGUACUGGACUUCACCACUAUCCUGGUCUCCACAGCAAUGGGCUGCCUCAGCUUCCUGGGUGUCGUCUUGUUCUGUUUCUUGUUGUUGUUUGCAUGGAGCCGUGGCAAAGGGAAGCAUAGAGGUAGCGUGGACAUUCAGUACGUCCCACGAAAACGGAAAGGCGCAAACUCAGAACUUACGGAAACAAGUGGGCCCAGACGUGUCAACAUGAAGAUGAUCUAAACUUUUUAUAUGGCAGAGGAUUUCACAGGUUGCAUGGUUGCAUAUGCGUUUCUGCUGGACUUUGUGAGUCUUUGGAUAUAUGUGUUGCAAAAGAUGCAAAGGAUGUAUUUUAUCAUGAGAGUUAACAUGGUAUCCCAAUGAAAACAAAAGAAAGAAAAAGAAAAACGCCAAACCAUAUAAUGCGCGUCUUCUGCAAUGCUCCAUCUGUGGAAAGCAUUAUUUGGACAGUGCAGACGUGAUUAAGUUCAAGUUGUGUAUAUAUAUUUCAUAUUUGU